AUGGAAGAAUGGCUCUUUGAUUCCAAUAAGGAGAGACCUGCAGAGUGUAUAGAAAUCUCCCUUAAUGUUUUCCAUGCUGUAUUACAGAUUCUGCUUCUUGUCGUUCUGGGUAUCUUUAUGAAUCCAGUCUUUGCGAGUAAUAAUAUCCAGCUCAUAAAUCAGGGAAAUGAUGGGGGAACUGUCUACCAGACAGUGAACAUCAAUCAUAAUGUGAACGUUGCUACAUUCAACCUUUAUUCCGGAGCACACUCCUCCAAUGCAAUCUUCGACUACGACCAUGGUAUAAUUGCUUACCACAUGCCAUACAAGAAGAUAUGUGUUGUUUCCAGAAUGAACAGGGCAACCUUUCCAACUUUAAACCAACUUGAGGAUAUGGUCAAUAAUCAAAGGGACCUGAAUUCCCUCCACAGAAGCUAUGGGAUAUCCCGCAACUAUGUCAGAAAUGUAGCUGGACUUGGGGCACCCAUCCAGGCAACAUGUGGAGGACUUUCCACCUACUGGGCUACUGAAUAUGACAGACCACAAAAUUUACUUAGUGGUACUGGCUGCGUGGGUGUUAAACUCCUCAUUCUGGAUGUGAACCUGUGUGGCGGCCUUAAGCUCUUCUAA